CUGUUAUCGAUCCAGAUUAUCACCAGCAAAUCCAAACGCCUCAAUCACACCAUGGCGACCUCCGACAAUGGACCUCCUGUCGAAUCCGCUCUGCAGGCUCUGCUCACCGCCGCAAGCCAAGAGUCCAAGACCAGCGGCAUUCCCGCUCACCUUCACCAGCUAGCUGCGACUGUGCUCUACAAUCUGCAAUAUCAACACGAAUGGACCGAACUUGCAGUCCAAACAACGUCGACUAUCACAGGCUCUACUCUUCCCAGGCCUCUCGUAUACGGGAUCCCUCCAGCUCGAGCAUAUGUCCAUCCCGAUGAACAAGCCGAGAUCCUGAAAGCCGAACACAAGACGGGGCAGUCGAUUCCUCUGAGUCCCGAGCCGGAAUGGGUCCUCCCAACACACAUCAACGAGAAGUGGAGCUUGAAGCAGUUUGCAGAGGUUUUCGAUGCUAUAGAGACUGUGCCGCCCGGAAGCACAGAUACGCUGGAGCAGGAGGAGGACGAGGUUGGAGCAGGAUGGCGGGGCAAGAAUAGGCAGAAGAGAUUGCUGCUGGCCACACUGCACGAUGACAGCACAGUCGUCUACUACAUUGUGCACGAUGGGAUUGUCAAGCCACGCCAGAAUUGAACUACUCGCAAAGGUGCAACGACUACAUUUGAGAAACUAUAUACGUUCCAAACGGCCUUACUCGGCGGAUCCCACCUUGAAUACAACCUUCUGCGCCUGCAUCUUAUCGAAAAUUUCGUACCCCUCUACGGCAUCCGAUAAGGGCAUAAUUUUGUCGAACAUGAACCUGCAGUCAGUCAGUAUCGUCUGGGCUAAAUUGGGUAUCUCGACUCACCCAAGAAGGUGCUGCUUCUCUUGGAGCAGCUUAAGAGCUUCCGGGAAUAUAGAUCGGACAGGGCAUCUUCCCAUCUGAACAGUCAAGUUCUUUCCAUAAGCCUGGUUGCCAUCCCACGGAAUCUACGAAGAACCGCAUUAGCAGGCCUCUCAUUUUGGGGAUACGGCGGAAAUACCUCAGCAUUGUGCACCCCAAUGCUACUAAUCGUACCCCACGGCCUCAAGAGAUCAAACCCCGUCUUCAGCGCCGGCGUCAACCCAACAACCUCAAUCACAACAUCCGCGCCCCUCCCGCCCGUCGCAGCCUUGAUCUUCUCAUGCAUCCCCUCCUUAUCAGUCAUAAAAUUCAGCGGCUCAGCACCCAGACUCUUCGCGAGCUCAAGACGGCUCUCAACCCCAUCCACAGCAAAUAUAUGUUUCGGCCCAAAGCUAGCCGCCGCGAUAAUAGCACAGAGACCCACGGGUCCGCAUCCGAUAACCACAGCUGUCGAUUCGGCAAUCUGCGCUGGAGUGAGGUUCUUGAAGGCGUUGGAGGCGCCGAAGAAACCAGUUGGGAAGAUGUCAGCCAUCAUGACGAGAACCUUGUCGUCGAUCUCUGCGGGAGCUUUGACGACCGUGCCGUCCGCAUAGGGAACCCGGACGUACUCUGCCUGUGCGCCGUCUAGGGCUGCGGAGCCGAAGAGGAGGGACUUUUCGCAGCGGGAUGAGAAGCCGUUUUUGCAGUAGAAGCAUUCUGAGCUUUUGUCCUCUAGGUUAGAUGGUUUAAGCAGUAAGAUGGAAUUUCUAUAUACUCACCAAGAUACUGUGAAUGGUGCGACGACCUUGUCGCCCACCUUGACGGUUUUAACUUCACUGCCUACCUCUGCGACCACACCCGUGAACUCAUGGCCCAUGAUAAAGCCUGUAUACCACCAUUAGAACAGCUCACCAAACCCCAACGAGAUUACUCACCUGUAGGGCUGGGCUGGUGACCGCGAAACACAUGGAGCUCCCUAUAUCCCAGUCAAUCCCUUAUCAUAUUCUACCUCUUCCAAAUAGCACUUACGACCCGCAAAGCGCAGUAUACGAAACCGCAACCACAAUAUCCGUCGGCGCCUGGACCUCGGGAAUCGGCCUCUCCUGCAACGAAACCUUAUGCGGCCCAUCAAACACCACCGCUUUCAUAGUCUUCGGCGACAUUGUUGCUAUAUGAUACUGCCUCGCUCAAGUUGAAAAGAAUAUUUCUGAGGAGAGGAGAAAUUAACCAAGUGUCAUAAAUGAGUGUUAUUUUGGCGAAUAGUUGGGGAAUAGUAAAUAAAACUCUCGCCGCGGAACGGAACCAGCUUGAUAGAUUUGGUGACGUUUAAUGGCCGCUACGGGGUCGCUCAGGCCGCGGCCGCCGAGCUAAGUUGGUUAUCGGGGCGGGGUUGCGGGGCUGACUCUCUAUCAGCCACGGGAGAGUGGUCGUACGGGACCACACGUUGAGGGUUGGCAUUUUCGGAACCGCUGAGUUGCUGGGGGCGGGUAAGUCGGAUGUGAGAAAAGGGCUUUUGGGCUAUGGUAAAUUCUGUUACUUAUACAACCUUAACCUUGCGUGGGGAAAUAAAAUUGAGAGUAUUCAUGAAGAGAGG